AUCAAAGAUACCCCGUUAUACGGUAUCUACUACUGAAAUAGUUCAACGCAUAGCAAACCCAAUUCAACACGGUACAGCUGAUCGCCAUUCUCUCACUGCGGCACAAUUCAACGUUAUCUCUUGCUUCCCAUGCAGUGUGUAACUGACCAACUCUAACACUAACACACUGUGGUGAACUGACAAGUUCAGCAACGCUCUGCAAGGUCGAUGUCACAGUAAAACACAAGCAAAUUGAAAUUUCGCUUUGAUUUCAGUUUCAGUAUGGUGGUAUAAACUGAUUCAAAGGGUCACGAGACAGGCGACAAUAGUGCGUUUACAGAUGUUUUCAUUCAAGUCAUUGGACUCCGAUUUAGCUAAAUCUCUUAGCUGUCCCGGAGCCCCUACAUUCAUCGAAGUACAACUGGAAGAUCUAACAGAAAGCCCGUUCACCGAUGGAGAAUCUUGGAAUCCAACAGCGUGUGUUUUGCCAGCUAAAUAUCAACAAUUUGCCGAUAAAGUGAGAAACUUCGAGGUCUACGAGGAUGAUGUGUGGAUUAUUACAUUCCCCAAAUGUGGUACCACGUGGACCCAGGAGAUGGUUUGGUUGGUUGAUCAUGACUUGGAUUAUAGCACAGCCAAGCGAGUUAAUCUUAAUCGUCGUUCGGUGUAUUUAGAAAUCGGAUGCAUCGCUCACAAUUUACCGGUAGACAGCCUGGCAAAUGCGGCCAACCUGCCUCGUCCUCGUCACAUCAAAUCUCAUCUUCCGCUAGCACUUCUUCCCAAACAACUAUGGACCGUGAAACCUAAGCUAGUCUACGUUUCGAGAAACCCUAAAGAUGUCGCUGUAUCCUACCUACAUCACUACCAAAUGAUCAUGGGCUACCGGGGAUCAAAAGAAAACUUUCUCGAAGGACUUCUUACCGAUAAAAUCGUUUAUUGUCCUCAGAUUUCGCAUGCACUUGAUUUCUGGCGACUACACAACGAACAAAACGUGCUGUUUUUAACCUAUGAGCAAAUGAAACGGGAUCUCCGGACGGUUCUGGAACGAGUUUGUGGAUUCUUCGGAAAGCAAUAUACCAACGAGCAAUUGGAUGAGUUGGUGUAUCAUCUAUCAUUUGACCAAAUGAAAAAAAACCCAGCAACGAAUAACGUCGACAUGGUGGCGGGUGCAAUGCAAAUGAACGGACGAGCGGGCGAGAAAUUUAAAUUUAUGAGAAAAGGAGAAAUCGGUGACCAUAAAACGGAACUCUCAGCGGAAACAAUUGCAAAUUUUGAUAAAUUCAUUGAACGGGAGCUGAUUGGCAGUGACUUUCGAUUCGACCAAUAACCAAUGUCAAACAUUUAUUAUAUGAAGAUUUGAUAAUAAA